AAUCGGAAAACAGGAAGGGACCUCUUCUCCAUGCUCUAUGACACGUGCAGUAGUUUAUACUUUCUCACCGCUCGAACUGAGUUUCUGUUGGCAUGUUUGAUAGUUGGUAAUAUCCAUUCAUCAGGCUUGGAUUUAAUUAAUUAGAUAGGUUACUGUCGGUAGGCUACUUACAAGCCUCGGAAACUGCACAUACCGGAGAGACGCAUCUUCUUUUAUUUAUUGAAGGCCAAGAACAGCAUGCCAACGAGCAAACAAUGUGAUGGGAGGAGGAAGAAAAAAUCCAAAUUAAAAUCCUUUAAUUUGGAGGACAGGGAGGCCUGCAGUCUGGAAGACGACCAUGUCAGAACUGUAAAAAUAAAGAAGAGGAAGCCAUCCACUGAAACUGAGGAGACUCCAGGAUCUGCUCCUGUGCUUAAAGUGAGAAAGAUACCAUCUGAGCCAGAGAAAAAAUCGAAAGGGCCCAAAGUGGAGGAGUAUACAGAAAAGAAACGGAAGAAGAGGAAACAGAAAAAAUGUAAACCUGAGGAACCAGCACAGGAUCUGUCUGGCAGCUCAGGAGCAGAGCAGAAAGAGGAGGAUGAGGAUGCUGAAGAGGCCCUGAGCCCAGAGGAGAGACGGGCCCUGGAGAGGAAGAUGAAGAAGAUGCGGAAACAGGAGGAGAAGAGGAAACUGAAGGCAGAAGGGAAGGAUGUAGAGAAGGUUGAGGCGACCAAACCGUCAGCUGGCCAGCUGGCUCUGGACUACCUCACGUGCUGGUCAGAGAAGCGCGAAGACUGGAAGUUCCAGAAGACAAGACAGACCUGGCUCCUUCAACACAUGUUUGACAGAGAGAAGGUCCCAGACGGGAGCUUCUCUACACUGCUGCCCUACCUGGAGGGGCUGCAGGGGGUAGCGCGGGACACCACGGUGCAGAAGGCUGAAGCUCUCGUGCGCGAGCUGGAGGGAGAGGGGGCAGAGGGGCAGGAGGCCCAGCUCAGGGCACACAGGGCCAGGGAGGUCAUCCAGAUGCUGUCCUGACUCCUGAACCAGCACCAUCCUCAGUUACCACAUAAACCCACUCACUCUCAGGAACACCCAGUCACCCAGCUCAGGGCACACAUGGCCAGGGAGGUCAUCCAGAUGCUGUCCUGACUCCUGAACCAGCACCAUCCUCAGUUACCACAUAAACCCACUCACACUCAGGAACACCCAGUCACCCAGCUUGGGGGUGCACAGAGCAAGACAGGUCAUCCAGAUGCUGUCCUGAAGCAGCACUGCGAUCACUUACCAGAACAGACCCACAAUAUCCAGUCCAUCCAAUCAAGGGUAGCUUCUAAUCAUGUGUUAACAUAUAGCUAAUAGCAAUAGCUUAAUCCAAUAGCCAAUGUGGCCAUGGGGUAGCUGUCAGUGGGUUUUUAAUGUGAUGUUUUGAAGUUGAAAUUCCCCGCACUGGGAGACAUUCCUUUCAUUUCAUGCAUUGAUUUGUGUUGUAAUUUACUCGCCCUCUUUACAGCAAAGCUGUUUGUUAUAAUGAGUCAAUGAAACAUGUCAAAUAUUCCAUAUGUAUCUGUUGUUUUCCUGCCACAGAGUGCGGUUGGGUUCUCAUGAGCUACAAAUUGAAGUGAACCAGAUGCAGUGCUUUUCUGAGGGUCGACGAAACCAUAGAACUAAUGGCCAACAGAAAUGAAAUUCAGAAAAAUAAACCCAUUCUGCUUUUCAUCACUGGAGCCUGAAGCCAGUUGCGUUUGGCAGAGAUGUAAUCUGAGUAUGCGAUGCAAGUUGAACAAGCAAACAAUUCACAUAAAAAUAAACCUUUUACAUUUCUUGUUGAA